AUGAUUAAUACUAAAGCUUUAGCAGACAAAAUCAAACAAAACGCUUUAAAAGCGAAAGAAGAAAAAUCCAAGGAUAAAUUGAAGAAGAAGGAAAGAAAGGAGAAACAUCUGAAACCAGAAAAAGAAGAAAAGUCCGUUUCAAAAGCCAAUGUUGAAGAAGAAGAAGGAUAUGAAAAUGCUGUCACUGAAAGUAAAUUCACUUCAUUUAAUCAACUUAAUAUCAGGCUAGAAUUACUUGAAUCUAUCGAACAAAUGAAAUUCACAACUCCAACCCCUAUUCAGUCAGAAGCUAUUCCUCAUGCUUUGGAAGGGAAGGAUAUUAUUGGUUUAGCACAAACUGGAUCAGGUAAAACUGCUGCUUUUGCUAUACCUAUUUUAAAUCAAUUAUGGGAAGAUAAAUUACCAUAUUAUGGGUUGAUUUUAGCUCCAACCAGAGAAUUAGCUUUUCAAAUCAAAGAAACUUUCGAUGCUUUGGGUUCUUCUAUGGGUGUACGUAGUGUUUGUAUUGUUGGUGGUAUGGACAUGAUGGAUCAAGCUAGAGAUCUUAUGAGAAAACCUCACAUUGUUGUAGCUACACCUGGUCGUAUCAUGGAUCAUUUGGAACAUACAAAAGGUUUCAAUUUAAAGAAUUUGAAAUAUUUAGUUAUGGAUGAAGCUGAUAGAUUAUUAGAUAUGGAUUUCGGUCCUGCUUUGGAUAAAAUUUUAAAAGUUAUACCUUUGAAUAGAACUACUUACUUAUUCAGUGCUACCAUGACCAAUAAGAUUGCAAAAUUACAAAGAGCAAGUUUAAGAAAUCCUGUCAGAGUUUCUGUUAGUACAAAAUAUCAAACUGCCGAUAAUUUAGUUCAAUCAAUGAUGUUGGUUAGUGAUGGUUAUAAAAAUACUGUUUUGGUUCAUUUACUUAAUGAACAUCAAGGAAAAUCCAUCAUAGUUUUCACUAGAACUGUGGUUCAUGCUCAAAGAACAGCUAUCUUAUGUAAAAUCUUAGGAUUUCAUGCUGUUCCAUUACAUGGACAAUUAUCACAAACUCAAAGAUUGGGAGCUUUGAAUAAAUUCAAAUCGGGGAAAUCUAAUAUCUUAAUUGCCACUGAUGUUGCUGCUAGAGGGUUAGAUAUUCCUUCGGUUGAUAUGGUCAUAAAUUAUGAUAUUCCAACUGAUUCUAAAGCUUAUAUUCAUAGAGUUGGUAGAACUGCCAGAGCUGGGAAAUCAGGUAAAUCCAUUAGUUUGGUUACUCAAUAUGAUGCUGAAUUAUAUUUAAGAAUUGAAUCAGUAUUGGGUAAGAAAUUACCAAAAGAUCCAGUGCUGAAAGAAGUUUUGGAUACUUUACAUAGUCAUGUGGAUCGUGCCAUGGCCGAAUCCAUUAGACAAUUAAAAGAUAUGCAUGAAAAGAGAGACAGAAGAAAAAGAGACGAUAAGUAA